AUGUCCGCCGAAGAAACCCGCAUCGCCAUCCCCAAUUCCGUCCUCCUCGCCGGUCUUCCCCCUCACUGCUCCCUCCUCUUCUCCGCCAAAGCCGCCAAGGCCCUCACCUUCGCCGACCUCGCCACCCGCCUCAACCGCUCCGAAGUCUCCAUCGCCGCCCUCUUCUACGGCCAGCUCCCCGCCUCCCCCGCCGACGUCGACGCCCUCUCCGCCGCCCUCGACAUUCCCCGCGACACGCUGCUGCAGUCGGGCGUCACGGGCUUCCCCGACAGGGGCCGCGUGGCGCCCAUGCCGCCCUCCGAACCGUUCGUGUAUAGGCUUUACGAGAUUGUGAGGAAUUACGGCUACGCUUUCAAGGCUGUCGUGAAUGAAAAGUUUGGCGAUGGCAUUAUGAGCGCGAUUGCGUUUUCGAGCAAGGUGGAGAAGGAGGAGGAUGAGAAUGGGACUUGGGUUGUUAUUACGCUGAGGGGGAAGUGGCUUCCUUUCAGCAGGUGGUAA